GGUCGAUGCCGCUGAGCGUCACGAACCCCGGAAGCCAAUCCCGAACUCGCCGUCGACACUGAGCUCGGGCGUCCUUCGACCUUCUCUUCCCCAAUCCCCUUGGCCCGCGCCCUGCCCCCCUCCAUUCCCUCUCGCGCCUCCAGCACCGCCCCUCUGGCCCUGGCUCCGUCGCCUCCGCUGGCCUUCGCAUUCCCCUCGCCGACGGCCAUGAUUGACUGCCCGCGGCUGCUUCUUGCUGCCGCGAGCUCCGCCCCCGGCCCCUCGUCCGCCGCUUGCCGGAGGUUCGCCACCGGGUGCCCUCCCUUCUCCCUUUCAUGCCGCGGCCGCCUUUCUUCUUUCCCUGACUUGGAUCACCACAGUGCAAUCUGCAUCCUCUGGGGCGGGGAGCCAGUCGAGCGUCGUGGAUGAGCCGGAGGCCGUCGAAUGGGCCAUGCAGGACUUCUACGCUUUGCGCAAGGAUGUUGAGUUGGCCGUAGAGCGUGUCAAUGAAGUCAGGCAGGAUGCUGGACUGGAACAGCUUCUGGAGGAAAUCGCUUCACUGGAGAACAAGUCUGGAGAUAGCACCUUGUGGGAUGAUCCUUCCAAGGCACAGGAGUUGCUUGUUGCUCUCACAGAGCUCAAAGAGAAAGUCAAACUUCUUAACGAUUUCAAGUCGCAGGUUGAAGAAGCGGAUACCAUUGUGCAGCUUACAGAGGAGUUAGACUCCAUAGACACAGGCCUUCUUGAGGAGGCAUCAAAGAUCAUAAAGGCAUUGAAUAAGGCACUAGAUAAUUUUGAAAUGGCACGGCUUCUUUCUGGGCCUUAUGACAAGGAAGGAGCUGUAAUUACUAUCUCUGCAGGCGCUGGUGGCACCGACGCCCAGGAUUGGGCUGACAUGUUGCUCAGGAUGUAUGUGAGGUGGGGAGAGAAGCAGCGCUACAAGUCAAGAGUGGUAGAGAAAUCCCCUGGCGAGGAGGCUGGAAUAAAAUCAGCAACAGUUGAAUUAGAGGGAAGAUAUGCCUAUGGGUAUCUCUCAGGAGAGAAAGGGACACACAGGAUCGUCCGCCAGUCUCCAUUCAACGCUAAAGGCCUUCGACAGACCAGCUUUGCUGGUGUUGAGGUCAUGCCUCUUUUACCAGAGGAAUCCUUGGAUGUAGAAAUUCCUGAAGAGGAUCUGGACAUAAGUUUUACGAGAGCUGGAGGUAAAGGAGGCCAGAAUGUGAACAAAGUGGAGACUGCUGUUCGCAUGGUCCAUAUCCCCACUGGCAUUGCCGUCCGUUGUGCAGAGGAGAGGAGUCAGCUGGCUAACAAGAUAAAGGCCCUAAGACGGCUGAAGGCAAAGCUUCUGGUGAUCGCCGAGGAGCAGCGUGCGUCGGAGAUCAAGCAGAUCCGUGGUGAUGCGGUGAAGGCGGAGUGGGGGCAACAGAUACGCAAUUAUGUCUUCCACCCCUAUAAGCUCGUCAAGGACGUCCGGACGGCAUGCGAGACGUCGGACAUCAGCGGUGUGAUGGAUGGCGAGCUGGAUCCCUUCAUCAAAGCCUACCUUCAGUAUAAGCUCUCUGCUGCUGCCGAGGAGCACAGCGUCAAAUGAUGCUGACAUCGACAAUCCAAGGUAGCAGUAUGGAAUUUUGAUGCGCUCGUCAUCGUUGGCUCUGGCUGAUUGAGCCGCCCUAGUGAAGGUAUGCAGUUUUACAGAGGCUUUUGCAGUUUUUGUAGUCUUUGUGUCCAGUGCCUCUAAAGGUGCUGGAUAUGAAAAACAGCCAAGUGAUGAAUUUAAGUUGAAGGUUGUGACUAGUGAAACAGCUCGACGGGAGUUUUUAACUGUUGGAACCAGAAGCCACAAAGGCAUGAUGGUUGAAGCAUUGGUCUCGUAACACAUGAAGGGUGCCUUGUGUACUGUACUACUGGUGCUUCUUUCACCAUUUGAUUUUUGCCUAUGAUGAAUUCCUGAGUAAGCUGAACCGUAACAAACUGAAGUCGACGGUGGUUUGUCCGUUGAAUUUGUGUCCAUGGGAAUAUUGAGCAUAGAUACCUGGGGAGUAAGUAUGCUGGAGAAAUAUUGUGUGUAGGAUUUUUCUGCUGGAGGUUUUAAAAUUUUGAUGAUCGAUCCCUUCU